UUGCAUUUGUGAGCAUAAAUGGCCAAUGUAAUAUUUUUUACAACGUUGAACCAUUGUGUAAUAAUAUUUUGAGUGAUUAUCUCUGAAGAUUUAUAAAUUUGGUGUCAUGUAUCCGGGGCCUUUUUCUUGCAUUUUGUGCUCCUGGCAGCUUUAAACUUGAACUGAUAAGUCAUACCUAUAGCUGAGGUUGUUUUGAAUGAAAUGAUACCAUACGUUUGGGGGUCAGUUUAAUAGGUGCUGAACAAAAGCAAAAACUAAUGCAUAUAAAGUUGGCAAAAAUUAACCAAAAUGAAUCUAUUUUGUUACUCUUUAUACUUCAUUUCCUGUUUUACUAUUUUAGAGGGAAACAGGCUCUUGAAUCUGUAAUUGAAAGCAACUAAGUACUUUUACUUUUGUACUGUAGUUACUCCUAGUUUUACUGUGUACUUUUACUUAAGUAGCAUUUUGAAUGAAGGACCUUUACUAUAAUACAAUAUUUUUAAGGAAAUGAUGUAUAAUUCUUCCACCAGUAUUACUUUGCAGAUGAAGAUUUUCCAAGACAGAUAUUCAAUAAACUCAUGAAAUGUUAUGUUUUCCUUUACUUACGCAACUAGGCUAUAGUCAUAUAAACACUCCCUGAACCUACACUGUUAAAAUAUCAUUUACACAUUAACGCAAUGACAGUUUUGCUGUUUGAGGGAGGUGUUACUGCAAAUACUUCCAAAAUUAGUACAAACUACUACUUUAAGGUAUUGUUACUUGCAAUCACUUGCAACCAUAGACUGUAUAUAACGAAUACUUUUUCCACCAUUAAAUAUUAAUCAGUUUAAAUAAUAAUCAGUUGCAGUUUCAACAUGUUGCCACCAGAGUGCAGCACUGACACUUUGAUUACUUUGAUUUCGGUCCUCACCAAAUCUACACAUCUAAAACCAAAAAUGUGCAUGCAUGCGCACAAAAUACAUUCACAUUUCUCUAAAUACAUUUAUGUUUUUCCUGCAGAUGUGUAGGAAUGUGUUUGAAAACUAUAUGCUGUACCAAAGACAGAAAACAAAAUGCACAUAAAUCCAUGCAAACAACAAGACUUUUUAAACCAAAUAACAAGUUAAAUGUACUUUUUAACUCCACCAACUUAAACACCAAUGCAACCUUACGAAGUUUAAUUUUGUUUAUUUAUUUUAUUACCAAAUGACCCAAAUCAAUAUGAUUUGCUUGCUGCAAACGAGGUCAUGUUUUAAACCAGAUGAUGUGGUUGGUGGUUUACUGGGAUCCAGAUGACCUGCAUGUUCUCACAGCAGAUUAACGGCUCCUGUAACACCAGCAGUUAACCUGUGUUUCCACGGUGAUUAACGGAGCCUGGUUAACAGUAUCACUCAGCAGGGUGCAUACUGAGAUAACCUUUCCUUUAUAGGGCUCUGCAGGUCACAAUGUUCACAAUAUUGGGACUCAUCUCUUAUAGGCUAGCCCCUGUGACUAAGUAACAGCUGGACAUUAGACCGACAUUUCUUCCCCCCCUGACCAGCCGAGGACAACAGGCAGCGGGCUCUCUCGUCCAUGUCGUCGCAGCAGCUGCACAGAGGCCAGCAGCUGCCCACCAAGUCCAGGGAAAGGGCCUGAUCUUGGGCUGAGAGAGCCAACUAAUGUCCCUUGCUCCGUUCAUCAGACACCCACCAUCCCACACACUGAACUGGAUCAUGCCAUAGCCGCCUGACUGACAAUCAAAAAUGAUGGCCUCGGUGGUUGUCGGGGGCAACCGGAAGAAGUCUCUCACGUUAAGAGGGGUGGACCCCGAGACCUGCAUGAUCGUGUUUAAGAACCACUGGGCACAGGUAGUAAAGAUUCUGGAGAAACACGAGCCGGGUCGUAGCGGUACUGGUGCGUUGAGUUUCCUCUCUGGUCAUGCCAGUAGCAGCAGCUCCGGAGCAUUACGCCUCGGUCCCAUCCCGGCUGACGAGGCCAGCGCCGUCCAGAACUACGUGGAACACAUGCUCUUCCUGCUCAUGGAGGAAGAGGCGGGGCAAGGAGGAGCGAUGGGUACCAUCCUGGAGUUUGUGGUUCUGGAGGGUGUGAUGGAGAGGCUGUUUCUGUGGAGCCUGAGGAGACAGUUUACUGAGGACAUGAAGCUGGAGCAGCUCAGGAUGUACCAGAUGCUUCUAUCUCAGGCCAAGCAGCCCCUACUGCACCAUAAACCAGUUCUACGACCGCUCAUGAUGCUGCUGGCGUCCUGCGCUGGAGCGGGAACUGACAGCGGUAGUGUGGUGGAGGCGGAGCUGGUCCUCCUGUUGAACCAGCUGUGCGUGGCUCUGGUCAAAGAUCCCUCUGUGCUGGAACUGUUCUUCCACACCAGUGAGGACCAAGGAGCCGCCAACUUCCUGCUCUUUUCCCUGCUCAUACCGUACACGCACAGACAGGGUUCGGUUGGUCAACAGGCCAGAGAUGCUCUGCUGCUCAUCAUGUCUCUGUCGGCCUCAGAUCCCCGAGUCGCCCAGCACAUCGCCGAGAACACAUACUUCUGUCCUGUGCUGGCAACAGGUCUGUCUGGUUUGUACUCGUCUCUUCCAGCCAGGCUGCAGGUUUACAGUGAAGACUGGCACUGUCUGGACCAGGCUGACUGGCAGCAGGUUCCUGCACUCGUCCACUUCCUGCACUCACUGGACUUCUGUAGUGCUGUUACCAAGGUCGCUCAUCCCUCAAUCCGGUCUCAGUUGCUAGGUUACAUCUACAACGGCUUCCUGGUGCCUGUACUGGCUCCCGCUCUGCACAAGCUGACGGUGGAGGAGGUGAUGACCACCACAGCGUACCUGGAUCUCUUCCUGCGGUCCAUCCCUGAGCCCGCCCUCCUCCAGACCUUCCUGUCCUUCAUCCUGCUGCACACACACGACAACGUGCACAUCCUGGACACUCUGGUCAGCAGGGUCAACACACCUUUCCAGUUGGGUACGGUGUCACUGGCCCUGUUCAAGACUCUGAUUGGUCUCUUCUGUGAAGACGUCAUGUUGCAGCUGGUGUUCAGGUAUCUUAUCCCCUGCAGCCACCUGAGCAGGAAGCAGCGCUGCUCCCUAAAGCAGAGGGACUGUUACUCCUCCAGCGCCGCCUCCUUCCUGCUCCUCUUGCCCUCCUGGUGCCCUGGGAACAUUCACAACACUAACACACACUCAGAGCACAUCCACUGGUCCAAAGGAUCAGAUCUGUCAGUAUCGGACAGCGUUAGUUACUGUCGUGGUUCAGACUUUUUGAUGGAUGUAAACUAUCUACACUACCUCUGGGAUGCCCGCCAGGCCAUCUCCACUUCCUACAGGGCAUGUCGGCUCUGGUCGGCUCCGUAUGACGGGAUCAACCCUCUGCCUCAAGAAUACCGAUCUGACACACCAGGGGACGACAUAGAAGAUGAGGAAGAGAUUAUACCGCGAGUCAAGAGUGAUUCCAUCUGCUCUUUGGUCAUCACUCCACCCCCCUUGUCCCUCUCCCCCACCCUUUCCUCCUCAGAUACCAUCUCCACGGGCAACCGCACAGGAAGAGCCAGCUCUGCGCUGGAGCUGGAGUGGGAUGACAUUUUUGAAGAUGACGAUUCUUCUUUAUCAGCGGUGAUAAACACGGCACUAGCAAAUGGCAGCAUGACCAUGGAGGUCGACAGAUGCACUUCUACCCCUGCACUUCACCCUCUACCUCCUAGACACAUCCAAGAAAUGCGGCGCACUGCUACCAAGCUGGUGCACGGCUCGUACGUAGAGGAAUCUGAAUUUGAGGACGACGUUCUGGUCUACGAUCUCGUUGCGCAGAAAGACACAAAGGUGGCCAUUUUGGAGCGAAUCAUGGCAUCGAAUCGGCAGGCACGUGGAAGCAUCUCAAAUGGCCAACGACUGUCAAAAGCAGCUACGACAACAACAAUAACAACAAUGUUAACGACAACGGGGAGGACGGUAAUGGAAACAAUUAACAGUAUAAUGUCAACAAGGAGGAGGAGCGAGGAUGGAGGUAAAGAGGAAAGAAGAAGGAGUGAGGAUUAUGGGAAGGAGAUGAGGAGGAGGACUAGUGAGGACUGUGUAAAGGAGAUGGGGAGAAGUAAGGAGGAAGGAGACAAUGAGAUAAAGAGGCUGGAUGUACAAGGAGAGCCAAAGGGAAGUCAGUUUUUCACCAACGGCUUUAAUAAGAAUCACAUCAUCGAUGAAUGUGAUGAUAUUGGUGAAGACUACAAGCUGUUCAAGGACAACUGCAACCUGAGUGACUUCACAACUACUAUCAAUCACACACACCACAACACAAAGCAUCCCACGCAAUGUUUAGUGACAAAGGCUUUACCCAAUGGCCAUCUUGAAUUUGAGCCACAUGACCCUUUGAUGUCUGCAACUGAUGCCAAGCCUCCCAGUCUGCCUUGUAACAAAGUCACUAAUAAUGAUGACUUCCUGUCUCAAUACCACGAGCUCAUGCUCUCUUUGGGUGUGGAGCCAGACUGCGACGACAUCACAGAUGACAUCGGCACAUUCAGGAAGCGUGUCCGAGCUCUGAGGCAUAAACUGGAAGAGGAGGAGGGAGGAGAAGGUGAGGAAUUUUUAUUUAGCUCCUCGUGGGAUGAAGGAGACGGGGAAAAAGAGGAGGAGGCAAUGGACGAGGAAGAUGAAGGAGAGGAGAGGAGGAGCAGCAUUAAGAAAGGCAGCAGCAGGCACGGAGUUCCAUUUACAGGUCCGUUCAUCAGCGUCCUGUUGUCCCGGCUCGAGAACCUCCUGGAAAACUCCAUUGCUGUGAACCUGCUGGUGACGGGCAUCCUGGCCCAGCUGGCCUCAUACCCCCAGCCUCUUCUGAGAUCCUUCCUGCUCAGCACAGACACAAACAACCAGCCCAACAUACGCACACUUUACCAGGUGUUGGUGUCAGUGCAUGCUCAGAUAGAGCUCUACGUGGCAGCCAGACCAGACUAUCCUGCCCUGGUCACUGAGGCCUGGCGGUUCUUGUUGGCUAAAGACCAGGACAGCAAGUUUAGAGAGUGCCUGCAGUCUCAGUGCGGCGACAUCAUCCUGGACCCAUCUCUUCCUAAUGGCUCUGUGAGGAACGCUCUGGCUUUGCCUCCUUUCAGUGUCUUGCCGCCUUGCCCUCCUAUUCCCCCACAAGCCAAGAGCCGAGUGUUCGCCAUCAUCCUGUUCGCCGAGUUCCUGAAAGAGCUGGCCGCCAUCGCUCAGGAGCACAGCAUCGCACUGGACUGUUCUGCCGAGGAGUAAAGGUAGAGUGUCGUUGGCGCAAACCACCAGUCCGGCUGUGAUAAUCUGCCUCAGAUAUAGCUGUUGAUGCACUUCUGAUCAGAGCACUGCAGAUAACGUAUCUAAGGAGCUGCUAAGUGGUCAUCAGACCAGACUGAAGGCUGCUGAAAGGUCUAAAAGUACAAGCACGAAACAUGCACAUACAUCACACAUGGAGCAGCAAUGUGUGAGUAAUGACUGUGUGUGUAGUAAUUAAAUGUUGUUUUUAUGCAUAUAUUUGUAUGUAAACUAUGUUUAUAUUCCUGGCAGCACUUGAAUAUUUCGAUGUUCUCCCCAUGGAUGAUAUUUAUAUGAAGAUGAGAAUUAUUUGAAGGAGAUUAUUUUGAAGAUAAAUCAAUGUUUUCUACAUAUUUUGUGAGAUUAUUGCAAAUAGUUUUCUAUGCUCUUUUUGGAAAUCUUUGCACUAAUGUGGAAAAAAUGAAUAUGAUUGGGAAUUUUAUUUCAGACCUUAUUUCUGUGGCGGUCAUUUUAAAUCAACCUUCUACUCAGGAUAGGAAACUUGAUGCAUAAACUAGAAGUAUCAAAAUAAAAGUAACUUAUAGUACUUUAUUCAAUUUAAUGUUCUGUUAAUAUUUCAAAGCAUUCAAAAAGUUUCUAGUUGACAAGAUAAGAAAAGCUGACUUUUAAUCUUGAAGUUCAAAUGUACUACACUGACAUCAGCAAUAUCACCAAGUGAUAGAAAUUUAAUGACUUAUUAAAUAAAAUAAACACUUUGUCGAUACAGAAGAUGGGUGAGUGGAAGCAGGGGGGCUAUCACCUGCUCAACUUAAUCCCAUUUUAAUUAUUUAUUUUGUUUUUAAAAGCCAUUUCCUUCUUUUUUUUCCCCCUCCAAAAUGUCUCAGUUUUGUUCAACAAUUAAAACAAUGUCACUGCUACUCAUACAAUUUCUUAAGACACAUUUAUAUAAAUUAUGAUUUUUUUUUUUCAAAUUAAUACAAAAAAGUAAUUACUUUUUUGUUUGCAUUUUAAACAAAACCAAACAAAACUGGAACCUCGGAGGGUUUAUCAAAGUGUGGCUCCACAUUUCUAUUUUUCUUUUUUAAUACAGCUGAAAUUGUCAUUUUUUAUGUAAUGCUGAAAAUGAUAAAGAUGAGUGACACACUUUAAAUCUGACUUAUAAGAGGAAGAGCCUCUGUGGUCAGUUGUGUCUUCCUGUUUAUAAAGUGUGCAAGUAUUUAUAUGCACAAUACAAACACACAGAAUAAUAACAAAGCCUUACUUUAACCUACGCUGACACUUUAGUGCAAGAAACCAAGACGCAAAAAUGAAAUGUCAUAUGCAAAUAUCAGAUCUUAAGUUAUUUAAUUAGCACUUCUAUCAACAUGUAUGUCAUUAUGUGUAAUGUAAAAUAUGUGAUUUUUGUUGACAUAUUUCUUUCAUGUUUUCCUUUUUUCACCUGAAAGAAGUGAAAGUAUUUGCUGCUCCUAAGGUGUUCACUUUGUGCUGCAUUCAGGUCAAGUGGUAGAAGAAGGUAAAUCUGAGUUCCUGGUUACAGAUAUCAUUCAGCUGAACUUUCAGGUUGCAAAUACAACAGAAAACACUGUUCUUCUUCACGGGGUAUUCAAACUAAUCUGAACUCAAAAAAAUGUAUCCAUGUAAUAGAAAAUGCUGUAAAUACACAUUACCAGCCUCUUUUCCUAAUACAAACUGUGUUACCAUGCAGACUUUGGGAUGGACCAAGCUGGGCAAACUACUGCUCUCAGUUCAGCCGGCUGUCCAUUUGCUGAACGUUGAUACUGCCACCUGCUGGAAUACUUUUCUUCUUUUUACUGUCUCUCAUUUCUCCUUUUAGAAUAAAUUAUUGCCAAAAUGAUGUGAAACAAAAUCUGAUUUUGACAAUCUAAUUUUGAGAUGGCCAUAAAAUAUCUUGCUGAAUGUUA